CAUCGAGAUUCGCCCACAUCGUGAGCUCAAGGUCUUCUACGCGUCAAUUCAUCAUGACUCUACAGUCUAUCACAGGACUCUUCCUGCUCUGUUUUCUGUGCGUCCACUCCUGGUCCACGUCGCUGCCCUCGAAAGGCCUAAUAGAAGAUCAGAAUGAGGACAAAGAGAAAUCCAUCAGCAUCAGUUUCGUUCGAGCCAACUGGGACGGCUACCAAACGAAAGUGGUUCCCAAUCUAGGAUACAGGGGCAACGCCAACUUUGAUUUGCCAGCAACGACAUACGAUGGCAACAGGCUUGUUCUCUACUUCGCGUCAAGGUACGAAAAAGAGCCGGCUUUCUGCAAAUGGCAGUUUGAAGGAUCUGACUACGCUGACACGAUCUACUACUACCGUCUCGGAACUUACAGAGACAGAGUGACUAUUGAUCUGUUUGCGUAUAGUUCAAAAGUUCGAAGCGUCGAGAAGAUCGACUGGACGUCUAUGGAGACGGACUUUUCGGUAAUCUGCUACAACGGUGCACCAAUAAGCGUCUACAAAAGUGGCUGAGGGCGUUCUUGCAAGUGGGCGUGACAGUUUGUGAUGAGACACUAGUGUGCAUGUGUUUGUUUUCGUGCUGUGCUCUGUCGCUAGUAGUCAGACAAGCAGUCGUUUGUAUUCCUUGCUGAUGUUGUAGCUAGAUGUUCAGCGAAGGACUGUUGCUUGAUCAAUAACAAGCUAUUCAUCAUCUCUUAGAAUUAGAGCCUGAAAUCGCCUCACGAUGAUUGUGAAUG